AUGCCUAUUGAUAAAGAAGUAUACAAAAAGAUUCUUGGUGAAAUCAUCAACAAUACAAGAAAGGCAUGUAUAGAUUUGAGUUUAACAGUUGAGCCAGUAAGUAUUUAUAAUAGUAAGAUGGGAGGAUAUCCAUAUUUUCCUAAAGGAAUGGAAUAUCCAAAAGAUGAGAAUGAAGACCCAAUGAUUUUAUUUGUUCAAUUAAACUUUGAAGAAUUACCAGAAUUAGAGAAUUACCCAAAAGAAGGUAUUCUUCAAAUUUUUAUUUGUGGAACGGAUGAUACUAUGGGAGCAAAUCCUGACGAUGUAAAAGAACAAACAAAUUAUAAAAUUAUUUAUCAUCCAACAAUAGAAAAAGAUGAAAGUAAAUUACAAAAACUUCCCAAAAAAAUUAAGACAAUGAUUGAUAAAGAAUUUGAUGAAGAUGGAGAUAUCCAAUUAAUGUUUUCUGGAGUUUUUAAAAUAAAUGGAAAAAUAAGUGAGAACGUUGGUUGUUUAAGAGACGUUACUCAAUCAAAACUCAUUGAUAAAUUGGCUACUAAAUACGGCGUUGAAACUAGUGACAUUGAAGAUUCUUUAAUUGAAGAUCCAUCAUUCUCUAAAGAUGGAAUGAGAAUCGGUGGAAAUCCAAGUUAUAUUGAUCUUGAUCCACGCUCAGAAGAAACAAAAAAAUAUGAUACAUUGCUUCUUCAAAUUGAUAGUCAAAUGUAUUCUAAAGAUGAACCACAUCACAACAAUACUGAAGAUGAAUAUAAAACUUGUUUUGGUGAUGGUGGAAUUGUUCAUUUUUUCAUUGAAAAAGAAAAAUUAUUAAAGAAAGAUUUUAGUGAAGUUUUAUUCUGCUUUGAUCAAUGCUAA